GUUUCUCAAGGAGUCGAGGACAAGGUUGAGAGGGAGCUGGCUCUGCUGGAGCAACAGGCGACUGCAGCACCUGCCCCAGACAACAGAACACAGCAUGCAGUAGAGCAUGUGAUCACCUACCCCUCGCGGUUAAUCUACUACCUGAAUGAAGACUCAGAGAGUACCUACCAUGACCUGGACACGCGGACUAAGACCCAAGUUGCAGAGGGCCCGGUAAGUCUGCGUUCAGGAGGGAUGAUGUGGGAAAUUUAUUUGUAUAUAUCUGUCAUCUCUUUUUCUUUUACAGUUUAUAACAAACAUCAGCCUAUUAAAUCACUGAUAGUGCUCUCAGUGAAAAGCAUUGCUUUAACUUUUCACAGCUACAGUAGGACAGUAUAAAACCUGCUUUUACAAUAACCACCAGACACACUUUGUCAUAUUUGUACUUGGGUAUCUUCAUAUAUCAGUCUUUUGCUUGUAUUUUUGCAGCAUAAAUACAACUUUUACAUGAGGAACUUUUCUUAGACUUUUACUUAUUGAGAGUAGUUUCAAAGUGCAGUGUUUAAAGUACUUUUAUUUUCAAUUUAGGAUUAUAAUUUUCAGCGGCACUUUAACCUGAUACUGAUAUACAGUAUAUAAGUGUGGUGUUGCACUACUUUAACUACAGUAAAUUUUUACCUGCAUUGCAUUAGUUUUAUUUCCUCUUUUUGAGAACUAUUUUGGUGCAUUACUCUAAUGUUUAAUAGACUUCUUUUACAGUAAAGUGGAAGUACUGAUUGAGCUUAUAAAAAAAAAUGAUGACAUGCAGAAUCAAAAUAGUAAACGCACUUUACCGUAGUUGGCAGAAACAGUUGGGCAAAAAAUCUACACGUCAACCAGAAAAUGUGCAAGAUCUAAAAGUUUUCCGUUUAUCCACUGGGGGGUGGGAGUGGGGGGCGCUGAGGGUUUCCCCUGCUGUUAUGAGAAGCAGCCACAGCUCAUCUGAAUGAAAGCAUUCUUCAUUCCGUGCGGCUGACCAAUAAGUUUGCUUCUGUCUGUGGUGCUUGACGCGUCAGCCCGGCGCGCCCACUGCACAUCUCACAGCUCCACCGUCCCUCCACAGCAAAAGAGUUUAACUUGGAUGGAGUCACGGAAAGACUCCACACACGCUGCAGAGGCACUUCGGUGAAGGAGCGGAGGAAGCAGAGACGAGGCACCGCUAUAACGGAGCUACAGAGGCUAAGUUAGCAGCCGCUUUCAUCCGAGGGGCUGUGGGAGUUCACAUCCAAAAACUUCUCGGUGAACUUUUGGGUAAGCGGUGCACUGUCGUCUUUAAACCUUAACAAAACCAUCCAUGUUUAAACAAAAGUGUGUAUGUGGUACUUGUGUAGCUGUGAACAGUUAUCUCCUAAUGUUGCUUUUUACACAAUCAGUUGUGUUACUGCAUGUUUUCUGAGACUUCUAAGUGGAAUAAAACCCUCUGAUUGUACUGAUGACUCACUCAACAUUGUGUACAUUUAGUUUCAAGUAUUUGAAGUUUUCAUUUUGAAUCACUGUUCAAUCUGACUGUUGUCUUUACUCUGUUUGCAGUGUCUUGUAGUUACCCUCCAGUGUCAAACUUCAGGCUACUCUUUAUGCGGUUCUAUUAUCUGUUUCCACAGCCUUUUAAAUGUCUUUCCAUUCUCUAAUGGAGUAUUAUAACCUUAAUUGUGUUGCAGUAACUCUAUUAUGUAGUCCUCUACAGCUAAUCUGAUGUGAUUCUAAAGCAAAAGUAGAGACCAGUGUUGUUAUAAAGCCAUGUUCUCUCAGCCAAGCUGAGAUUUAAUUCAUAAUUUUAUCAUUCCUCUUUACUUUUAGGACCUUUAUUCUUUAUAUUUUUCACAUUCGCUUCCAAAGUUUAUUUAUGAGCUAUGUCGACAAUAUCUUAUAUAAACAGAGAGUACAUCUGUAGCUAAUUUAGAUUGGAUGUUACUUUGGUCAAGUUUGUGAGGGCUUGACAAUGAUAGAGACAGGGGUGAUAUGUGUUAAACUAUAACCUUUUAUCCAUUUGCUCAGCCUGUAAUAACCUUGAAAAGACUAACAAUCAAACACCACAGAGCAUUUUAUCACCCACACGUGUACAUUGUGCUUUUGCAUUUGAACCCUGUGUAUCAGUACAAACCUUCUGUGUUUACUUACACUCAUGAAAACAAUAUGAUUCAAGCUGGGAGGGCUCUUUCUGCCUCAUCUGUUGGGCAUCUCACUGACUGUCCACACUGUUGAUUCUGAUACAUGUUGACACUAUGUUCCAGAGCUCCACAGGGCACACCCAGCCAUAACUUCAACACAGGAACUGAAUGAUUGGAAAGAAGGGAAAAGACCGGAAACUGUAUCCUUCAGACGAGCAGCCCAGCAUUAAAAUAAACAGAGUGAGGUGAGAAAACAUGUCCAAGGUUGAUUAUAACGCAUGCAGGUUGUUUACUGUUCAUCUUAUCAUAUGCCUGUCAUAGAUAACUUCCCCAUAGAUCUCCUUGAAACAAUGGAGGACUCCGGAGAGGACUACGGGAACUACACUUAUGAGGACUACCUGGAGUAUGGCGACCUGGAGGAGCUGAAAGUAGACCACAGCCAGAAAGAAACUAUGCACAUUAUCUCGGUGGUCAUCUACAUCAUUUCUUUCAUACUCGGUCUGAUUGGAAACGGGACUGUCAUUUGGGUGACAGCUUUUAAAAGCAAAAAGACCAUCAACAGUGUUUGGCUGCUCAAUCUCGCCAUUGCAGACUUUGUUUUUGUGCUUUUUCUGCCUUUCUCCAUUGAUUACAUCCUGCGGGACUUCCACUGGGACUUUGGCGUGGCCAUGUGUAAGAUAAACUCCUUCGUGUCUGUGAUGAACAUGUAUGCCAGUGUGCUCUUCCUCACAGUGCUCAGUAUAGACAGAUAUGUUUCGCUGGUCCACCUCAACUGGUCUCAGAGAUACCGCACUCUGUGUUGGGCCUGGAUUGUAUGCGGGUGCAUAUGGGUGAUGGCUGCCGCCUUGAGCUGCCCCGCAUUGAUUUUUCGCGACACGAUGCGCUUACAUGACAAGGUAGUGUGCUUCAAUAACUUUCAUGAAAAGGACAGACACACAGCAACCAUGAGGCACAUUGUUAUUGUGGUCAUCCGCACCACUGUUGGCUUCCUUUUGCCUUUUACUGCAAUAUGUGUGAGUGGCAUACUCCUUACUAUCAAAGUGAAACAAUCUGGAGGUGAAGUUCGCCUCUCCAGCUUCUCCAGAACAGUCUCAGCUGUGAUUCUGGCCUUCUUUUUGUGCUGGGCACCUUUUCAUACUUUCAGUUUAAUGGAGUUAACCAUACAUUCCUCCUAUUAUUUGCACAACAUACUCAGAGCUGGCUUUCCUCUUGCCACCAGUUUAGGCUUUUUCAACAGCUGCAUUAACCCCCUGCUGUACAUGCUCUUAGGUAAAAAAGUGCGUCGUAUCCUGAAGCACGCAUGCCUGGACAUUACUAAGAAUUCAUUGAGAGAGCUCAGCCAAUCACUCUCUGCCACUGAGAUGGAGUCUGUGCCAGGAAUUCACCAAGACAGUGUGCCAGAUGAGUCUGUGGCGUCAUCAACUUUAUGAUUAUAAUCAUUAUCAGACAGCAGGAGCGGAGUGUGGAAAACAUGGCACAAGGACUUGCUGUUACUUGGACAACGGAUCGUUAUUAUUGCUGUUCUUUCCAGCUUCUGUGCUAAGAUUUUUAUUAUUUUGCUGUAUUUUUUAUUUUGACUGGGGUUUCUUACUAUAAGGAAACUCAAAUUUGAAUUAUGUGCAUACUGAAAUUGUAUUUUCUAUUUUUCCUCACAAAAGACAAGGGAUUUUUAAAAACAGACAAGUUAAGCUAACAUUUGAAAUCCAACACAUUUGCUGGUGGUUAUCGUGCUCUGGCUUCUCAACUGAGGGAAUGUCUUUCUCUGAUAUCACAGAAAAAAUUAAUGUUUUUUUCAUCAGAAAAAUUUAUCUGACAAAAUGAAACAGGGUGGAUGAGCUCUGGAAAACUAUGAGGAAUGUUUCAGAAUUUGGGUAAUUUAGGUUGAAUGUUUGUAUGUGUAAUAUUUUUUAUAUAAUUUUAGUCCAACAUUAUGAUGUGUUUGUAUAUAUUUUAUAUUUUGUAUAUACCUGUCAUCUAUUAAUAUAUUGUUAGAUUUAUUAACACGCCUAGAGUGGUAAAGAUGUUUUACUCUAAUAUAUUCCAAAUAUUUACUUUAUCCUAAACAUCCAUUGUACCUUAUCUGUGCACCUUAAUUUUGUUGUAAUUGGCUCUGUCAUUGCUUCCUCAUUAAAAAGUUACCUAUGAUGUUUCAUGUCGGAACAGAGUA